GCCAAGUGGCCUGGGUCUGUCCACGACUCAAGGAUGUAUCGUGAGUCUAACCUGAGCAACAGACUGCAACGUGGAGAGUUUGAUGGCCUUCUGCUGGGUGACAGGGGUUACCCAUGCCAACCAAGGCUGCUGACCCCUUACCCUGACCCUGAACCAGGCCCCCAACAGAACUUCAACCGGGCUCACUGCAGGACGAGAGCCCGGGUGGAGAUGACCAUAGGCCUGUUGAAAGCCCGUUUCCAGUGCCUACGUCACCUCAGGGUGACCCCUGAGAGGGCCUGUGAUAUUAUUGUGGCAUGUGUUGUUCUUCAUAAUAUUGCCACUAUUUGAGGAGAGCAACACCCUGCCCUACAAAUAGAAGCUGAUGAUGAGCACCCCAUCCACCUGCCAGCUAUGCAGGAUGGCAGAGCAGUCA